UGCCAUGAUGAAUCACAUUAUCGGCAUUCCAUUGAUGAGGGCUUUUUAUCUCCUCGUGCAUGUGCUUUACUCAGGGUUGACUUAACUGAGAGUUGACUGAACUAAUUGUUACCACCUGUUCUGAAACCGUCAAGGCUGAGUUUGACAGCUGUGGUUUCAACUCUGAGUAUGUUAACCAUGCUUUCUGAAGCACCCCCGUAGUGCAUUCAUUUGUGUUUAUUUGGUUGUCAUGCUGUUAAAUAAAUAAAUCAUUCCGCAAGCGAAGUCAAGCUGAAGAUUGAAAAGCAGGGAAAAACAUUUCGGUAUCCGGAAAUGAAUAAGCUCGUGAUGUCUGGAGGUAACGUUAGGUAAGCAAUAGCUAGAUGACUAGCUAGCUUGCUAAUUCGUUUUAGGCUUAAUAUAUUAAAACUUUCAUGACAUGUCGAAACCAAAAUAUCUUAUUACAGACGAUUCAUUUGUAGAAAUGGGUGAACUACAUCAAACGACACUCAGGGAAUAUUACGUUAACUGCAAACAUGGAUUAGCAAUGGGAUACUUUGAGCUAACGGAUUGAGGUGAGAUUUGUGCUAGUUGUAGCUGCCCAUCGAAUGUCUUCUCUGCCAAUCCUCCAAGCUGUAGACAUGACGCGAAGAAUGUUGGAACAAGUGACAGAUUUCGGGGACUUUACUAAAGGUACCGAUUUAAACGAGUAUCUGAAACAGACACAUUCAAAUAACAGUAACGUUAGUUACAAAAACAGUCUGUCAGAUGUUCGCCUGAGCCCAGAUGGACGCCACAUUCAUGUCAUUCUCCGCAAACCCAAGGUUGGUCUCAUGACUUUUGACAAAUACCAGAGACUACCACAGAGCCAUAAGCACCUAGAUUUGGGACUGACUAGGACUGUGCCUAUUGUGGAUAUUUUAUAUUUUAACAACAGCAACAGAGACGGGGGUAAUGUUCUUCUAACUGUAAUAUUUGAGAAUGGAAAAGCAGAGUUUUGGAGAUUUUUUGACCUCAAAGGGGGAUGGCAUUUCCUGCACACUGCUGACCUCUGCAAUAGCCCUCGGGCUAAAGUAAUCUCUGUCUCAGCUAAUCAGAAUUACAUCUUCUGGUGUGAGGAGAGGCCUCCGUCUGAGAGCUCCUCACCUGUCAACGUCACCCACAACUUCAGGUACUGUAUCUGCAAACGGACCUAUGAGGUUGAGGAAACAGCUGUCAGUUUAGGGGGGGUGAAAAUCGCUCUGCACAACAACCCCCGCUACAACGUAAUCAGCUCAGGUGAGAUUGUUUACCUGCUACCUGAUUGGAGAGACAAAUCUACUGUGGCCCUUUCCAAAUUUUUUCUCACGUGGUCCCCCCAGCAUGAUUCAUUUAGAGUGAGCAACACCUGCAAAGGUACUCUUCGAAAAGGCUUGCCCUCUACUAAAGAAUCAGACUUUAAGAGAUUGGUGACAGACUGCAUUGGGUAUCUAUCAGCUCUUAACCCCCCGGAUAUAUAUGGCUACUCUCCCAAUGGCUGUGGAGGCCUUUUAAUGCUGCUCAACACUGGCUGGGUCACCCUACUACAGAAAGAUGGCAUGUUACGACAGAUGUACAAACUAGCUGAUAACUGCCUGGCUAACAGUAGUGCCCAUAACAGCCUGAACCUGUAUCAGGACACCUUGGCUCUGACCAUCGGACGGACCCUUUACCUAAUUGACACUACGUGUGGCGUGGAGCUGGAAAAGAUAUCGCUGAAGAGGGAGGGGCUACUGUAUGUGAAUGGCACAGAGAGGGGGUCACCGCAUUUGCUGUCAGAGACAGGCCUGUUUGUGGUGAUGCUCAGGGAGGGGGACCCACGGGGCCGCAACUCCGACACAAAGCAGAAGGCCCCAUCUCUGAUUAUGGGUGAGAGCAUCAGCCCCGCUGCUCUGCUGGUAGAGGCUGUGUUUGAAGAGGCCUGUAAGUAUUACCAGCAGAGAAGUCUCAGCAGCACUCGGCUCACUGUGGAAAAGUUAAAGAAAGGAGGGAUGUUCCAGGCUCCUAUCUCUCUGGCCAACAUCGUCAGAGACUACCUCCAGAGCGGAGCCCCUAGGGGAGUGGAGUUAACCCAGGGAGGUGCAGGGGAAGUUCAGGAGAUGCUGCUGGGGUCCCUUGAGGCUGAACUGAAGGGCAUGGUCUCCCUAGAGGAAGUGAAGAGGGGAUUGGUGGAGGGUAAGGACAGGGAAGUGGGGGAGGUGUGUGAGAGUCUGGUUCAGCAGGAGGUGGGGAGACUGCUGUCAUUGCCAGAACUCGACCGAGACUCUCUACUCUACCUUAACUCCAUCUUUAGUCUUUUCCCUGGUCAGGCGUGGAGAGCCACGCAAGGCACUCUGCAACUUCGCCGCAACAGAGAGGGCUCUCUGUCUUCUAAAGCACCCCCAGAGGUUUGGAAGACAGUCCUCAGCCCUGUGCAGAUCCCUACUGUCCCAGCAAACCUGCCCUACACCAACAGCAACGGCCAGUCUAAUCACAAACCUUUUCUCAGUUCCAACUCUCACUCACCUGCUGCUAACUCUAACCUGGCUGUCUUCGAGCUCCUAUGCCACUCUGUCUUCCUCUUCCAGCCCAGCUGGCUGUCCCCAUUCCUGGAGCUAUCCCAGCAGCAGCAGACCUCGGCAGGCUUGGGGAUGGGCCUAGGCCUGGGCGGCUCCCCCUGGAGCUACUCUGGAGGUAGGGGAUCAGCAGAGAACGGAGAGAGUCUGCCCCUGUAUAAGCGCGCCCUAUCGGCUCUGCCCCCACCCGGGCCAGACCCAAAACAAAACCCAGAUUAUGAACACAUCCAGGACCUGGAGGUGGAUUUACUCCUGGUGAGCGGCAGACCCAACGCAGUCCUCCAGGCUCUGAGGAUCUUGAUGGGGCGACAGCAGUGGGAGAAGGUAACCAAAGUGGCCCAUAGGUUUUGCAGGCAGAGUCCCUUGCUUAACAAGGAAAUCUUUAAAGCCUUGCUCUGCGAGGUUGCCCAGCAUCGCGAUCUGGACCCAUACCUGGACCUCCUCUGGACGCUGUGUCCUGAAGAUGUCACUGUGACAGCCAUACUCAACAUGGUCCUGAAAAGCAUACCCACAUCGUCGUCCUCCUCUCCCUUCUCUUCCUCUCUUUCAGCCUCUUCUCCCUCAUUCACUUCUCCUUCUGCUAACUGCCAGUCCAGCCAGCUGACCAUCGGACUUUUGAAGCCAUUGCUCAUUAAGGUCCUACAACGAGAUACCAGGCCGAACCAGCGGUAUGCAGACAUUCUCCAGUCGCCCUCGUUCCCACCUCCCACACCCCCUCGCCAGGUCAAAGGACCCCCCAGGGUCACCACAGAGCCAAGCAUCGGUUCAGACCAGCAACACAAUGAUAAUGUCAUUGGCAACACGUUGGCCAUCUUGGAUCAAUGCGACUCCUCUAUACACAGGACUGUUCUCGGGGACAGGGUGACCGAACCAGCAAACCUCAUCUGAGAUGAGCGUACACACAACCCCACACCACCCUUCUAUGUCCCCUGUCAAACCGUAUUCGCUCUACUCUGUAAAAGGAAACAUUCUGAUUAGGAACUUAUUGGUUGAGAUAUUGUUUCAUGAUGUGUAGUGUUAGCUAUGAAAAACUAAGUGGGUUUAGACAGAGGGUUUAGUCUGAUCUGCCUUUACAUAGUAUGGAAGUUGAAUCUCCUCAGUUCUUUCUCUACACUGGCGCAAGUCUGUCUGAACAACUAGUACAGUCAAAGAAAAACAAAGUGUUCCUCUUUAGCUGGCUCUUGUCAAUCCUAGGUCACAGAAUGGCCAUAGAUGAAAGCUUGCCGUCUGAACAAAAUCUAAGAGUUUUUCCAUGUUGUUAAAUGACUACUAAAAUAUUCUAUUGUACAUAACUAUUGUUUGUUUUUUUUACUUUUAUUUUCUGUUGUGAUGUCUGUUCAUAUGUGGUGUAUUUAUGUACUAUUGUUUGAUCAGGAAGGCACUCAUUAGAAUACUGCCUAUGACUAGCAUUGCAUCCAAUAGCCUCAGCCUUAACACAAAGAAAAUUAAUAGAAAGACUAAUAUCUUUUGGUAAUAACUGAUUAUGUGCAUGUUAAAGAACUGCCAUUCUUGUCUGUAUGUCUUUCUUUUUGUUUAUCAACUUCAGUAUUCAUUAAUUGUGGUAGGUGGUGUCCAGUAUGGACAAGAUAAAACACGUUUUUAAGCAACACGUUUUUAAAGCUACAAUAAUCAUUGGUCACGUUCCGGUUGUGCUACCUGUGCUUCAGAAUGUUUUUGUGCUUUUCCAAACUGUGUUAAAACAUCCCAGAACUUUUCAUGUAAUUUAAACCUGCAAAGAUGCCGAAGCCCUUUGUCAAUUCAUAGAGAGAGAAAUCAAAUCCUAGCCCACAUUCCUCUGUGACUACAGUAUAUUUGUUUAUGAAUUGUAAACCCUGGGUAACAGUUUUGUCUCUGGUAUGUGACUUCUGGGCUGAGGUGAUUUUCCUCUAAGUCAGUCAGUUGUUAAAAUUCCUUUAACUUUUACUGUACCGUGUCUGUUUGAAAAUGGCAGCAACAUAGUGGUUAUAUUUUGAACCACAUUAUUUAUGAGAGACUGCUACUUCAGUGGAGAAAGGUGGUUCAGUUAAAAACAGGUGUCUAUUUUCGGUCCGGGGUAGAUGAAGAUUAAUGAAUAUCUCUCUUUAGUUCUUUAAACCCUAUAUGCGUUCUCUAUUUUUCCUUUUCAGACAAAUCUCCUUUCUUUCCCCAGUCCCAUCCAGAAAAUCCCAACCCAGCUGCCCUGUACAGGGGAGGUGACUCACUGUCUUCAAGCUCCUGUAAUUGAAUUGGAGAUAACUCUGUUAUGCCCUUAGUGGGGGUGGGAUAGGCCUGAACCAAUGCACAUCAUACCCACACACUAGAAACCCUGUAAUCAGUCACAUCUCCCUGCAUGGGCCUAGUGACUCUAAUGUCAUUACCAUUUACCCUGUUUAUACACACACACACAAGCAGAAUGGGGAGUCAAUUCUCCACGUGUGUAAAACAUCCCACUACUGUUUACUUGUCAUGAGUUAAAUGUUAGUCUGGAGAUCUAUACCUGUUACACCUAUGGAUACUUACAAUUGUUUUAAAGUGCUUAAAACCGUUUUAUCUUAAGGUUUAAUUUUUCAGUACCCUUGUUUUUGUGGUUCAGAUUCAGAAUCUAACUUUCUAUAGAUUUUGUAAGUUGAAGGAGCCGAAGUAGUCUCUACUACUUCGGCUCCUUCAACUUACUUGUGCUACUGGUGUCUUGGUAAAGACAAUACUGGCUGAUACAGCACUCAGGCUAACCACGUUGAAGCUUUACAACUACAGAAUAUUAUUGAUUAUUCCUGAGUGGAUUUUCCUCUGUAGUCCUAUCCAGAUACAUUCUCUGAGGUUUGUAGUAGCAGCCUGGUUAAAACAGGCAGAACUACAGUUGCAAAUAAUUUCUUUGUAAUAUUCGAUAGCAAGUGUUGCUGAGGUAAGCAUUUGCUCAUUUUACAACCUAGCAUGACAUAUAAUGCAGUCACCAGCACAACAGCUAUUAAUCUAGCUAUUAGGAACAUGGGAUGGUAUCAAUGGAAAGUUGGUGUGUGACAUGGGGGCAGUAUUUUUAUCAUAUUAUUCGAUCGGGUGUAAAAACAGGUCCCCAAUUCCCUUCCCUUUUCCAAGAAUUAAUUCAAGGAAAUCCCCUAAAUUCAGGUAAUUAAAUCAGACUGGUAUAAUCAUGGGUUAUUAAUUUGACCGGACCCUGUGCUUUCCAAUUAGCAUGGGGAAUUGGACUACUCAGUUAUCAAGGACUGAGGAGUGGGAUGCAGCAUAAUGACACGAGAUAUGAGAUUUUAUGAAAUUCUUUCCUGCUUGAUGUUUCACCAUGCGUUUGACCAACUUGGUUGUCUUAGAUGUCCAGGGAUGGGAAUUGUGAUGCGCCAUAUGAAUCAUUAGGUGCUGUGACCUGUGAUGACAGUCCUGUUUAAUAAUUCAAAAUGCAUAUGACCAAUGUGACUGUUAAGAUGUCAGGGUUUCACAACUAGUCCUGAGGUGGGGCCACAACAUCUGGUUUUGGUUGCUUUAUAACCACAUUCUAUAUCCAUAUUUUCCUUUGCCAAUAGGUGCCAUUUAUUGAUCAAUAAGAAACAUUUAAGAUAAUACAUAUAUAUCCAAACAGACUUGCCCAGCUGAAGCAAAAUAUGGAGCUCGGCUUAGGGAAACGCAGACCUGAGUUUGAUAGCCCUGUAGUAUGUGACAGGCACUGUGAAUGGAUGGAUGUAUAACACCUAAUAAAAUGAGACAAUCACCGAAAAUCCCAGUGUACUGUUCAGUUUGGACAGGUGAAUGGGCUCUCAAAUCAAGGAACUUACUUAUUUGGCUCUGCUCUAUUCUGACAGGUGGAGUUCCCCUUUAUGUUUUUGCCUGUUAUCAAACUGCUUCUUGUUUUCUGAUUGGAUUUAAAGACAGUUCCAUGUACUGUCCUUUAACCCUAUGAAGUGUUUCACUUUCAAUUAACACAGUUAUCGAAUGUUUGGAUAUUUAUGAGUGAAUGCAAAAUGUGUUCUAUUAAAGAAAAGUUAAAACAUCAA